AUGGAGGCAGAAGCCACAGCGACGGCGUCGACCAAGCACGGCGAGGCCUCGAAGACGGCGGCGGGCCGCACCGUGGUGAUCGACACCAGCCGUGGCGGAGCGGUGAGCGGAGUGCUGUCCGUGGUCGACCUCAUCCCCCGCGUCGUGGCCGUCGACGUCGCCACCGCCGGAAGCGCCAUCGCCAUGGGCACCACCAACCAGAAGCUCCCGUUCUUGUUCACGCAGUUACUCCGGUUCAAGGCGCAGCACAGUGACCUACCGUCCUUAACGCUGUUCGUGCCGGCGAAUUCGAUCGUUGCGGCGUACCCGGUGGCUGACUGGCUGGUGCUGUCUAUCCCGCUCUCCGUCCUGCACGUCAUCAGGAGCAGGGCAAGACACAGCAGGCUUGUGCUGAUCUUCGUUGACACGGUAAUGAUGGCGAUGGUGACAGCGGCGGCGGCGGCGGCAGCGAUCGUGUACCUGGUGCACUGCUCAUGA